AGUUUCGUCGACUUCGUCAGCAGAAACAGAAGCAUCAUGACCGGACGCGGAAAGGGAGGCAAGGGACUCGGCAAGGGAGGCGCCAAGCGUCAUCGCAAGGUGCUGCGCGACAACAUCCAGGGCAUCACGAAGCCGGCCAUCCGCCGUCUGGCCCGUCGCGGCGGAGUCAAGCGCAUCUCCGGCCUCAUCUACGAGGAGACCCGCGGUGUGUUGAAGGUGUUCCUCGAGAACGUGAUCCGCGACGCCGUCACCUACACCGAGCACGCCAAGAGGAAGACCGUCACCGCCAUGGACGUCGUCUACGCCCUCAAGCGCCAGGGCCGCACCCUCUACGGCUUCGGCGGCUAAGCUACCUUCACCCCAGCUUGGCACAAAUCGGCCCUUUUCAGGGCCACCCAAAUUCUUCUCGUUUGGUCACUAAGCAAUAAC